GAGGAGGUCAUUUGGAACGCGGCGCGUAUUUUCGUCCUGCUAUGGAGUUUGCCACGUUGCCGCAGAUGCAGAACGACGCCGCCGGGCGUGUUGGGAUUUUUUCUUCUUCUUGACAGCAGCUUCCAAAGUGACCCGAUGUAGAAGGUUUUCCGCGAGUGACGGAAGACUUAAUAGAGCUCAGUGUUUGUUUUGUGAAAGGAGUAAAAAUGCUCACGGAUGUGAUCGUGGAGGAGGAUUUUAAUGAGCAGGAGCUGUGGUUCAGCAGGAAGGAGCUGGAACAUGAUCUCCAUCUGGCCGCAGAGUUGGGAAAGUCUCUGCUGGAGAGGAACCAUGAUCUUGAGCAGGGUCUUCAGCAGAUGUACUCCACCAAUCAGGAGCAGCUGCAGGAGAUUGAGUACCUGAACAAGCAGGUGGAGUUACUGAGGCAGAUGAACGAUCAGCACACUAAAAUGUACGAGCAGCUAGAUGUUGCAGCGCGAGACCUGGAGACCACGAACCACCGGCUGGUGCUGGACAACCGCACGGCUCAGGGAAAGAUCCAGAGCCUGACUGAGACCAUUGACAGUCUGCAGUCUCACAUGGAGACGUUACAGAAGCAGGUGGAGGAGCUGAAGGCGUCACAGUCGGAGCGCUCGAGGAGAGAACGUGCUGAAACUCGUCGUCGUGGCCUCGCCGCUCAGAGUGUCUCCUGCCUCUACGACCUGCACCGUGAUAUGCAUCUGAGCUCAGAGAGCCUCAGUGAUGAUCGCUCGUGGUGGGCGCUGGAUGGUGGUCUGGUGGAGGAGGAGAAAUCGGCCCUUCAGAGUGCACUGCGUAGUCUACACACCCAGCUGGGCAGCGAGCGCGAACGCCGGGAAGCGGCGGAGAAGGUUACAGAGCUGGCAGAGCGAGAGAACCGAGCGCUGGAGGAACAGCUGGCACAGCUGGAGGGGACGCGGCGUCACCAGGCCGAGCUAGAGGCGGAGGUGGAGGAGCUUCGGCAGUUGUGGCGCUCUGAAACAUCGCGCGUUAGACCUACAGACUCGCUCAUAGCCGAUGCCGUGUUCUUCCUCACCGAGGAGAAAGGGGCGGAGUCAGGGGCAGAGGUGAUAGAGGUAGAGGAAGAGGACGGGUCCGAACAGGAGCUGAGACGCGUGCACGAUCUGACUUGUAUACGGCGAUCUGAGGCGGUGAGGCAGCGUGGCAUCUCUCUGCUGAACGAGGUGGACGCGCAGUACAGUGUCCUGAAGACCAAAUACGAGGAGCUGCUGUUGCGCUGCCACGGCGGAGACCCCAGUCACAAAGCCGUCCAGACUCCCACCGCCUCCCUCAAAACUCGACCCGCCUCCCUAACGGACGACACCUACCAGCCCGAGUACAGGGCUCUCUUCAAGGAGAUCUUCACUUGUAUUCAGAAGACCAAAGAGGACCUGAGUGAAAACCGUACCAAGCCCAGGCACAAGCACACACUCUGAGCUCUGUGUCUGUGUGGGGAUUUAAACAGCAGUAUUAUUAUCAGCCUCCGUCCAUUUUAAAAACGUCGCACGUUUGUUUUCAUUCAUGUGGAAGGUGCAGCCUGGGACACAGUGGGAUAUCAGGCGUGUGCUCAGGAGCCCAACGAGCAUUAACACUGGUGUCAGACAUACAGCCAUGAGAGACACUCGGCUCGGCCGACACGGCGCUUCAGUACCGCUUUUACUUUCUGCAUUGAUUUGAUGUUACAUUUCAGAAAUGAAUGUUCAUUUUGUUUUAUUUCACGUGUCAGUCACGUGUCAGUCACGUGUCAGUCACUAAACUUUAAAUCACAGUGAAAUGUUUCUACACCUGAUGUGAACACUUGGGGCUUAGACUGGCAUGAGUUGUGUCUGCUGCCCCCUAGUGGCCCUGCAGUGUGUCUGUUCCGUGUGAUAUGUCCAGGAUUAAACACACACACCUCACACUAACUAAUAAAUACACACAUAUACACAACUCACACUAACACACACUAUCCAGUUUUAAACACAUGCACACCUCACACUAACACACACACGCUGUCCAGGUUUAAACACACACACUGUGCAGGUUCUAACACACACACCGUACAGGUUUAAACACACACACACACACCUCACACUAACUAAUAAAUACACAGAUACACACACAACUCACACUAACACACACACUGUCCAGGUUUAAACACACACACACCGUCCAGGUUUAAACACACACACACCGUCCAGGUUUAAACACACACACACACCAUCCAGGUUUAAACACACACACACACUGUGCAGGUUCUAACACACACACCGUCCAGGUUUAAACACACACACCUACCGUCCAGGUUUAAACACACACUGCAGGUUCUAACACACACACCGUACAGGUUUAAACACACAAACACACACACCCCUCACACUAACUAAUAAAUACACAGAUACACACUGUACAGACAUCUAACAGUACUAACAUCUCACUGUACAGACAUCUAACAGUACUGACAUCUAACAGUACUGACACGUCGGAGUGAAACGUUUCUGGAACCUUCUGCCGCUCUGCACUUUAUUCUAUUUUAUGCAUUUCAGGUUUUUUUUAAUUGUAUUUAUUGUUUAUUUCCAGUGGAUGUCGAUCUAAUAAGAGCUUUAUUUUAUUUUUUUAUUUAUUUUGGUCGUUUUGUUUAGUCACUGUGUAUUUAUUUAUUUCUUUUUUUUGCAUUGCAAACACUGAGUCGAUGUGUUUCUUCAUAGAUUUAUAAAAACUCGACGAUCCUUAACCUCGUACCGAAUCCCCACUUAAAGGGGAUUAAAGAGUCGGGACAGGAAACUUGCUCUAAUUUGCUCUAAAUGUUGUCGAUGUUUGUUUGUUCUCGUCUGGGUUUUGCACUGGAGCCGUGACGAUGAGCUGAGAGCUGGUGCUAACUCGUCGGUCCUUGUUUUAUUUCUUUGUUUUCUUCCCCCUCGAGAACGAUGUUGUGUCUCCCGCUGACAUCACCGGGGGACGUCACGGUUAUCGUUAUCGAAAUUUUGUUUCCUCUCACUGACUGUUGACGUAUUAACAGUGGACGGGGACGGGGAUGGGAAACCCCCCCCCCGGGGACGGGGAAAAAAAACGCUAAAGUGCUCAUUUUGACAAAAGAAACUUGAGUGCACAUCAUACAAAGAAUGCAAAAAGAAUUGCAAAAAAAAAAAAAAAAAAAAGGUUGUUGAAAAAUUGUUCCUUUAACAUUUCCAGGCUUCCUGAUGUGGGAUGGAGCGUUUAUUAUUGUCACGUUUCAGAAGUGAGACAACGUGAACGUGAUGGACAGAUGAUGCAAUGGUGAAGAUGAUGGAGAUGAUGAUUAUUAUGUGAGGGUGAUUAUGAUUGUGAGGGUGAUGGAGAUGGUGAUGAUUGUGAGGGUGAUGGAGAUGAUGAUGAUGCUGUGAUGGAGAUGAUGAUGAUGAUGCUGUGAUGGAGAUGAUGAUGAUUGGGAGGGUAAUGGAGAUGAUGAUGAUGUGAUUUAGAUGAUGAUGAUGUGAUGGAGAUGAUGUGAUGGAGAUGAUAUGAUGGACAGUGAAAGUUUGUGUAAGGAAAUGUUAGAGAUGUUUAAACACGCGGUUGUGACGUGACGCAGGAUGUUUUUGCACGUACAAGAAGAAGAAGAAAUACGAAGGAAGGUGUUUCGACUUUGAGGGUUUUUUUUAUUGUUUGUUGGGGAAACUUUGUAAAAUAUCUCGGGUUCACGUAUUUACUCCAUUUGGACAACUUUAUUUGAUUUCUUGAAAUCUGGGUCAUUUGAAUGUUCUUGAGAUGACGAGCUCAGCUUCUGUCCAUUGAUGUUGAAGCCUUUAAUUCUUUAUCUGAGGUCUUCAGUUACUGUUUACCAGAAAAUCUAAAACAAGACUUACCUUGUUCUGCAUAACCAGCCGAAUUCCUGCAGUUCAGUAGAUGACAGAAUUUUUUUCCAUUUUUUUAUUUAUUUUUCCCGCAGGUCAGAGGUCACUUGUAUAAAGUUGAGCAAAAAAAAAGCAGGAUCACUUUAUCACCGUAGCAACAGGUCAAAAGUCAUAAAAAUCUGUGCUUAAACCAUAAGUUUUGGCACCUGUGCUUUGCGUCAGACAUUAAGCUCAUGUCGAAUUUUCUGAUUGUCUAUUUACAGAUUGGAAAAAAUCCCAGAAUCUUAGAAACCAAGUAAAAGUAAAAAAAAAAAAAAAAAAGUGGAAAAAUGGAGUAAAUAAAAAUACUUGACUAGAAAUGUUCUAUUAGUGCUUCCUUAGGUCACAACUAUAGCAUGAGUUUUAUUUAACGUGAUAAAUGUUAAUAAUUUCCUAACAAACUUAAAUAUCCUGAAUACUAGAGAUCUGUUUAUAGCAAUAAGUCGUAGAUAAAAGUCAACUUGUAGCGUUUAGACGUUUACCGAUCGGUCGGAUCGCGUGACGUGUUCGACGAAUCCAGCCGUGGGAACGCCGAUCGGUCAAACGGCUCAUUUGCAUAUUCCUAUUAGCGAGGCGGAUAUCGUAAUAUAUUUAUUUCAGAAUUUACUUAAUAGAUGAACGUAAUGUGUAGAGAUCAGAGUCUUCAAUCCAGUUGGACAACUUUAAAGGCUAAGAAGUUAAAAUAGUUACGUUUUUUAUGCUAAUGCUUGAAUGAAGCUUGACCUAAGUGUGAACCAGCGUAUACACACACUGUCACACAAAGUCCAUUCCUGAUCGUUUCCCUCCCUGAUUGUAUUUUUCUUUCCUGACUCAGUCGUCUGUACUGUACUGAGAAUGUUUGACCUGGUCAUUAACUGCUUAUAAACCCUAAUAUGCAUAACCUGUAAUAUGGUGCUGAACUUUGUAGAUGAAUGCCAUUAAAAAUGCCUUUAAAAAAAUAAGAAGAGUUUCUGAGAGGCACGAACAGCAGCUAACGCUCGAUUCGGUUCAAAAUGGCCGAUUAAAGAAAGAUUUGCAAUUCAA